AUGGAAUUGGGGUCCAUCAUGGAUACGACGCACGGGAAUCAGUCCGCUAGUAUGGAAGGCUUCACGACACCAUUGUCGUUCACAAAUGGGGCCGGCUAUCUAGGACAGCCUAGCGAUCCGACAACGCCCUUGACAUUUGACUUGCCUUCGCCGCUUCCCAACAUAAGUGAAACAGGGACUGCUUGCGCUUGUGUCCAGAAGCAGGCCAACAACGUCACCACAUUGCAUCGGCUCACGUCUCACCAAUCGUUAGAUCGAUUUGAUCUCGCAAUGAAGUCAGUCACUGCCACACUUGAGACCUGCGACAACUUUAAUGCCUGCCUGGAAUGCGAGAAAUCCUUCUCGGCGAUCCUCCUCACACUGUCUGCGAUGGAAAUGAUUUUCAAACUAUUUGAGCAACUUGUCAUCGGCAACCAAGGCUUGCUUCCGCCGGAGGAUCAACGGUUGACCUUCUGCUCCCUAGGCGAUUACAAAGUCAGCCAAGAAGAGGGACAGGCUAUUCAGAAUGUCCUGCUCAAGAUGACCUUGUCCAAGGCAAAGCAAACGCUGGAUUCGUUGCACAACCUCAUAGACGGGCCAACAGAUUCACUAGAUGAACUCGAACGAUACGAACCGCUUGCUGACCAAGGUACACAACCUACUUUGGGGGGACUUUCCACCAUCGAUCGCAAUUACAUUAUGCAAUGUAUCACCCGCAAGAAGACAGCAUUAGACGCUAUGAUGAGGACAGUCACUGUCUAA